AUGAAUCUGAAUCACGAAUACAUUGCUGCUCAUCUCAGUGAUUAUAUUCAAAACGAAAACUUUUUUGAUACAUUCGAUAUCAUAGAGAUCAAAAGAAUCAUGAAAUAUUCACGUUUAACCGCCGAUGAGUACGUUACUCUUCUUAAACAGUCUUCAUCAACUCUUAAUGCCAAAGAAUUAUAUAUCAGUACACGAAAAGCAAAUGUUACUAUCCAAAACAUCGAAGAAGUUGUUUCAAUUCUUAACUUCGUCAAAAAGUACAUGAAAUUCCAUAUAUUUGAUGGAAUUAUUGAUUUCAUCAAUGAAAACGACAAACAUAUGCGUGAUUCUAAAGAAGAAAUCAAACAACAUCAAACAGAAAUAAAAACAUUACAGAAUCAAAUACAAAAUUCUGCCAAAGAAACUACAGUCACUCGAACUAAUGAAGAUCACAACUAUUCUAGAGAAUUUUUAACCAAAAUCUCAUCACUUAAAGAAACCAAAGAUUUUUAUCGUGUUUACCAAUUCUUUGAAGAACUUUCUUCUAAAGGAAAUCGCGAAAUUAUUUCAAAGGCUUGUGAAGAAGGACUUUGGAAGAAGACAACAGAUUAUGGAAAGAAUGUACUUCAUGUUGCAAGUGAAAAAGGAAAUCUUAAUCUUGUCAAAUCACUUAUUGAAUGUGGCUGUGAUAAAGAAGCAAAGUCUAAAUAUGGAUAUACUCCACUCAUUUGGGCAUCAUAUUAUGGUUAUCUUGAAGUUGUUAAAUAUCUUAUCUCAGUUGGAGCUGAUAAAGAAGCAAAAGAAAAUAAUGGAUAUACUCCACUCAUUUGGGCAUCAUAUUAUGGUUAUCUUGAAGUUGUUAAAUAUCUUAUCUCAGUUGGAGCUGAUAAAGAAGCAAAAGAAAAUAAUGGAUAUACUCCACUCAUUUUUGCAUCAGAUAAUGGUCAUCUUGAAGUUGUUAAAUAUCUUAUCUCAGUUGGAGCUGAUAAAGAAGCAAAGUCUAAAUAUGGAUCUACUCCACUGCAUUAUGCAUCAAUUAAUGGUCAUCUUGAAGUUGUUAAAUAUCUUAUCUCAGUUGGAGCUGAUAAAGAAGCAAAAGAAAAUAAUGGAUAUACUCCACUCAUUUGGGCAUCAUAUUAUGGUUAUCUUGAAGUUGUUAAAUAUCUUAUCUCAGUUGGAGCUGAUAAAGAAGCAAAAGAAAAUAAUGGAUAUACUCCACUCAUUUGGGCAUCAUAUUAUGGUUAUCUUGAAGUUGUUAAAUAUCUUAUCUCAGUUGGAGCUGAUAAAGAAGCAAAGAAUGAUGAUGGAUAUACUGCACUCUCGCUUGCAAAAGGUGAAGUAAGAGAUUAUCUAAAAUCUAUUGGAGCAAAGUAA